AUGAUUGUAUCAGCAACGCCGAGCUCCAAUGCCGGAAUUGGGAGUGGAGAGCUUGGCAGUUUUGUCCGACAAUUGGUGGCGGGGCGGUGGUUUUCUCUUUUCGCUUCGUUUCUUGUUAUGGCCGGCGCCGGCGGAGUUUAUUUGUUUGCUUAUUACUCUAGAGACAUCAAAACGACGCUCCAAUGCGACCAAACGACGCUCAAUAAGAUUGGGUUUUACAAAGACCUGGGAUCCAAUGUUGGCAUUGUCGCCGGCCUUCUGGCGGAGGUGGCGCCAACUUGGGUCCUUCUCCUCAUCGGCGCCGCCUUAAACUUCGUCGGCUAUUUCAAGAUAUGGCAAGGCGUCACCGGGAAAAUUGUCAACCCCACCGUCGCGUAUUUUUGUUUUUACAUUAUGGUCGGAGCAAACUCUCAGAAUUUCGCCAAUACAGGCGUGCUAGUCACGUGCGUGAAGAACUUCCCGGAAAGAAGAGGGGUAAUGUUGGGGCUUGCGAAGGGGUUCGUGGGUCUAAGCGGAGCAAUCAUGACACAACUUUACACCGCCAUUUACGGCGACGAUACCAGGUCGCUAAUUCUGCUACUCGGCUGGCUCCCCUCUUUAAUCUCUUUGAUUUUCAUCUCCACCAUCAGAGAAAUCAAAGCCGUCAAACACCCUAACGAGUUCAGAGUCUUCGUCCACUUCCUCUGCGUCUCCGUCAUUCUCGCUCUGUUUCUCGCCGCCUUGAUCUUCAUCCAGAAACGAAUCCGAUUCGACCAAUCCGCCCACGCCGCCGUCGUCACCGCCAUCGCGUCUCUGCUUCUUCUCCCCUUGUUAAUCGCCAUUAGAGAAGAAAUCGUUCUAUGGAAUCUCAACAAACGGACGAUCGGGAUUCACCAGCCGCAAACAUCCCCAAAUCCUCCUUCUUCUUCCUCCAACAAACCCUCCAGAGGAGAAGACCACACCAUUCCUCAAGCCAUUUUCAGCGCCGAUAUGCUCAUCUUAUGCAUCACCAUGCUAAUCGGCGUCGGCGCUAGCUUGACCGCCAUCGACAAUCUCCGCCAGAUCGGUGAAUCCCAUGGCUACCCAUCUGAAACAAUCAACUCAUUGAUCGUUCUGGUUAGUAUUUUCAACUUCGCCGGAAGAAUCUUUUCUGGGUUUGUCUCUGACAUUUUACUCGAGAAAUUCAAAUUCCCAAGGCCAUUAAUGCUCACGCUUGUCCUCUUGGUUUCCUGCAUUGGCCAUCUUUUGGUAGCCUUCCCCUUCAAUGAUUCGCUAUACAUUGCAUCCAUUGUUAUUGGGUUUUCAUUGGGCGCUCAAGUCCCAUUGCAUUUCGCCAUGAUUUCUGAGCUUUUUGGGCUGAAACAUUACUCCACGUUGUUUAAUUUUGGCCAAUUGUUUUGCCCAAUUGGGUCUUAUAUUCUGAAUGUGAUGGUCACUGGGAGGCUCUAUGAUGAGAUGGCCAAGGCCUCCGCUGGUAUAGGUGGGCUUCAUUGCGAAGGCCAUUCUUGUUAUGAACAGUCGUUCGUAAUUUUAGCUGGGUUGACGUUUUUUGUAGCGUUGGUGUCGUUGAUUUUGGUGGAGAGGACGAGGGAGUUUUAUAGAGGGGAUAUAUACAAGAAGUUUAGAGAAGACAUGGAGUCUUUGAAGACAAAAAUGGAGUUUUAUACUCUCGAUGAGAAGAGGACGAGGAUUGGCAAUUUACUUGUUGACAAACAUAGCAUUAAUAUCAAGUCGUGAUUUGGGUUAAGUUGGGUUGGAUAUCGAAUUCUUUCAACGUGCACUCGAUUUGAACUCAACUGAAGAAUGUGGGAUGCACCAGUUCCAAAUUUGGCAACCUCAUUUCUCUGCAUCGUAAUGAAAAUGUAAAUGUAUAGCCUCGGUGAUCUCAGUCUACGAUCAUUGAAGUUAUUUUGUGAAUUAAGUUUUGUUCAUAUA